GUUAACAGCUCGCUAGCUGUCCUCGUCGCACAUUGUCGCUUGCACCCACACAGCCGAUUGCAAGGCGCCAGUACAACGUUACUCCUCACAGGCACGUUCCGUUUCUCGCAAUCGCUGUUUUAUCGAAACGUUCGACUAUUCGCGCCAUAAUGCGUUGACAGUUCGGAAGUGCGAUUUAUUUCAAAAUUAGAAUUUGAGUUUUUAAUUUUUUAAUCUGUUCUUUUUGUAGUGACUUUAAUUUUUCGAUUGAAUGAACGAUUUAGUGAUGUGAUUACUCACUAAACGGAUAUCGGACUUGUUAUUCAGGAAGCAUCUGAAACGGACUUCAAAGACCGCAUACAUCAAACAACUCUACAUCAAUCCCAAGUGGCUAUUAAAUGCUAAUUCAAUCAUAAAAACAAACAUGACAUGCUAUUUCCGUACAAAUCGCGGGUGAAUUUUAACACAUGAGCGCGGAAACGGGACAGGAAGAUAAGAAAGAGACAGACGACAUGCAAACUGUGGUCUCAAAUUACGUAGCACCUAAUUUAAUAGAACAAGCUGAUAGUAGACUGAUAGAUAUACACAAUGGAUUUAAUAAUGAUAGCUCUUAUUCUAUAGAUUAUCAAUAUGCUGAGGAACUAGAUAGACUGACUCCAGAAGAGAAAAUAAAUGUCGACGAAGAAGACAGAGAGGAAGAAUUAGUAAUAGCCGACGAUGUAGAUGAAUCCGGACAAGAAUCUCAUAACAGUAAAAGCGCAGAUGACAGCAACCCUGAGAAUGUGGAAAGUAUUGAUGUCAGGAAUGAAGAGUUCAGAAAAGAUGAAUCCUCGGAACCGUCGUGGCAUCCACACGUUUAUGGGAAGCCACCCAAAAAGCCAACACCUCAUACAAUAGAGUACAUAUUAGGUAUAUCGAACGUUGAAAGGAAUAAAGAGGAACCCAAGAGAUCCAGCGUUAGUCAGUUGAUGAACGUUAAGAGAAAUUUCGAAGCUAAGAAAUCUUUUUGUUUUGACAAGAAUAUACAAGUACAAACCGAUUUGACUGAUAGAAAAUUUAAUUUAAGUGUACAUAAGAAUAAACUGCAGGAACAGUUGUUGCAGAGGGGUGUGAGGACUAGUGAAAGUGAGGAGAAAGUGCAAUAUUACAAGUGCGAUGAUCAGCCGUUGAAUUUGUCUGUGCCAAAGUCUAAGGAGUGGAGUGUUAAUGAAGAGGAUAAAAUUGUGAAAGAUCCCUCAAAACUAAUCAAAAGAAAGAAGUCGACGGAUGAUGUACGUUCUCCACUUGGCGGAGAAGGCUCUAUGACUAGUGAAGAAGGUGAAGAGCCAGGAGUUGGCAGACGAAAGAAAGCCAGGACAACGUUCACGGGCAGGCAGAUUUUCGAACUGGAGAAGUUAUUUGAAGUGAAGAAGUAUUUAUCUUCUGGAGAAAGAGCUGAUAUGGCUAAACUGCUGAAUGUAACUGAAACUCAGGUAAAAAUAUGGUUCCAGAAUAGAAGAACGAAAUGGAAGAAGAAAGAUAACAUUAGCAAUGCAGAAGUAGCUGAAUUCAAACAGCAAACCAAACCAGUUACAGAAGAGAAGAAAGUUGAAGAGCCAGUAAACAAAGAAGAUCCGCUAGCUAUAGAUAUGUCUAAGAAGAAUUGCAAUAAAAUUUUAAGUGAGAAAUUGAGAAAUACAAAACAAAUAGUAGCUCAAAAUGUAUCGCCAAAACCCAGGAAAGUCGAAAAAGGUGUAGUUUUAGAAACAAUAUGCGAUGCUAACGAUAUAGAGAGUAGGAUUUCAAUAACUAAAAUAACUAAUAAAUUAUCAAGUACGGAUCUAUCAGGUGAAGUAGGAAAGGUAUCAGUGAAAAGCUUCAGUCCUGAAGAAGUCAAGGAACUCAAAUUUGACAGUCUCAGUAGAGAUGUUGAAAUGUAAAUUAUUUUAGAUUAAGUAGGAGUGUUUGAGCCCAUUUUGCAAUUACUAAAACAUUGUCUAGAUGCAAUAAUAAUAGUUAAUAAACAUUAAUUUAGAUUUGACUGAGAAAUUUAAAUGAUAAAUGGUUUAUUUAAAUUAUCUAUAGAACAUAACUUGAUAUCAUGUGUAAACAAUAGACAGAGCUAUUAACAUUACUCGUAGGUUCAUGAAAUUAUGUAAGAAUUUUUGUACCUUGUCAUAAUAACAACUUAUUGGUAAUGUUUUAAAAUAUUUGGAGCUGUAAAUAAUUUAACUGUGACAAAGUGCUAAAGUGUUUACUUUUUGUUACUUGUGACGUGAUUUUAGAAUUACAAUUAGAGAGAGAUUUUAGGUUGGCAAUAUCGAUUUUUUUAUACCAUUACAAGUCCAACGUCCUAUCUCAAGAGCUAAAUAUUGGCAUUAUAGUGACAUUCAUAAUGUAUGUUAUGGCUUGCUAUUUAACGACAACAAUAUUAUACCUUGUCUUAAUAUAAUAAAGCACAUUUUUCUUUAUCUCAAAAGUUAAUAAGAAGUCAUAUCGAAGGAUAGGUUUGUUAGU